AUGUUCCCACCGCUUCCUGCCCUGGCUGCAGGCUUCCCACUCACCGUGUGCUUCCACUCACCCACCCUGGGGCCCCAGUUCAUUCCCCCUGGUCGUCGCACAACAACAGAACACGGUCCUCCCCCUGUACCAGUCCCCCUCGCCACCUGGCUGGUCACGCCUGUCAUGUUAUGGGUUCAACCCCCCUUUUCUCACUCGCCCACCCAAGCGUUUUCAGCCCCCUUCCCUCUCAUUCACCUACCCAAGAAGUUUCCGCCCCAUUUCCUCUCACCACCCACCCAGGGUGUUUCGGUUCAGGCCCCUUCCUUCUCACUCACACACCCAUGGGGUUUCAUCCCCCUUCCCUGUCAAUCACCCACCAAAGGGGCUUUAUCCCCUUUCCCUCUUACUCAUCCACCCAAGGAGCUUCAGCACCCUUCCCCCUCACUCAACACCCAAGAGGCUCCUCCUCUCUCUCACCCAACCAAGGGGAUUAACCCCCCUUCCUUCUCAUCCUGCCACCCAAGGGGAUUCAACCCCCUUCCCUCUCAUCCAGCCACCCAAGGGGAUUCAACCCCCUUACCUCUCAUCCUGCCACCCAAGGGGAUUCAACCCCCUUCCCUCUCAUCCUGCCACCCAAGGGGAUUCAGGCCCCUUCUCUCUCUUACCCACCCAAGGGAAUUCAACCCCCUUACCUCUCAUCCUGCCAUCCAAGGGGAUUCAGGCCCCUUCUCUCUCAUCCUGCCACCCAAGGGGAUUCAACCCCCUUCCCUCUCAUCCAGCCACCCAAGGGGAUUCAACCCCCUUACCUCUCAUCCUGCCACCCAAGGGGAUUCAAUCAACCCCCUUCCCUCUCAUCCUGCCACCCAAGGGGAUUCAACCCCCUUCCCUCUCAUCCUGCCAACCAAGGGGAUUCAACCCCCUUACCUCUCAUCCUGCCACCCAAGAGGAUUCAACCCCCUUCCCUCUCAUCCUGCCACCCAAGGGGAUUCAACCCCCUUCCCUCUCAUCCUGCCACCCAAGGGGAUUCAACCCCCUUCCCUCUCAUCCUGCCACCCAAGGGGAUUCAACCCCCUUACCUCUCAUCCUGCCACCCAAGGGGAUUCAAUCAACCCCCUUCCCUCUCAUCCUGCCACCCAAGGGGAUUCAACCCCCUUCCCUCUCAUCCUGCCACCCAAGGGGAUUCAACCCCCUUCCCUCUCAUCCUGCCACCCAAGGGGAUUCAACCCCCUUCCCUCUCAUCCUGCCACCCAAGGGGAUUCAACCCCCUUACCUCUCAUCCUGCCACCCAAGGAGAUUUCAACCCCCUUACCUCUCAUCCUGCCACCCAAGGGGAUUCAACCCCCUUCUCUCUCAUCCUGCCACCCAAGGGGAUUCAACCCCCUUCCCUCUCAUCCUGCCAUCCAAGGGGAUUAA